AUGGCAAUCAGCAUCAACCUGCUCACUGCGACAGCCUCAGAGCUCCAAGCUAAGCUUGCCAGCAACUCCGUCACCAGUCGGCAGCUCGUCAGACUCUACCUGGACCAGAUAGUCCAGUACAAUGGAUACCUGAAAGCUGUUAUUGCGGUGGCGCCGGACGAACUUCUUGACGAAGCGGCGGCAAAGUUGGAUGAAGAGCGUACUAAUGGCCGCGUCCGCGGCCCGCUUCAUGGCAUUCCAAUCCUCGUCAAGGAUAAUAUCGCCACGUCUCCGGAUAUGGGACUGCCAACUACUUGUGGCAGCCUCGCCCUUGUAGGCUCAAAUCCAAGGAAGAAUGCUUGGAUCAUUGAACGGCUUAUAGCCGCCGGCGCCAUAAUUCUUGGCAAGGCAAACUUAUCUGAGUGGUCUUGGUACCGGUCCAAUUUUGCCGAUUCGGGGUGGUCUGCUGUUGGGGGACAGACACAAUCCGCAUAUGUUCGAGGCGGCUUCCACCAUGGCGUCGACAGUACCGGUGGCCACAGCAACCCUGGUGGCUCUUCAUCCGGUUCUGCUGUUGCAGUGAGCGCUGGAAUGGCGCCAUUUUCCAUCGGUACUGAAACCAUGGGCUCGCUCAUUAUGCCGAGCGACAGAGCUGCGCUUUAUACCAUCAAACCCACACUUAAGAUCGUCCCACAGGAUGGUAUUAUCCCCGUGACGCUCGAGGCAGAUUCGGCUGGCCCUAUGACCAAAUCUGUGCUCGAUCUGGCCAAUCUUCUGGAUGUGCUUGUGGACUCGAGCCAGUCGACUGUGCCGGAUGGUGGUUAUAAGAGCGCAGUGACUGGGUCUUGGAGAGAUAUCCGAAUCGGCUACUUGGAACCCAAACAGUGGUUUUUUCCGAGGAAGAACCUGAAGGACCAGAAGGAUGCUACGGAUCAAAUGCUGCGGGACUGGAAGUCAGCCUACGGGAAACUCAAGUCUGUUGUAAAAGUGAUGAAGCCAGUGAAACUUCUGUCAGUGGAUGAGGCUUCAGAGGGCGGAAAGAUGGAUAUCUGGGAUGCUUUUCAUACAACUUUCAAGGGUCUCCUGGAGGACUAUCUUCAGAACAUUGACAACUGCCAGGUCCGAACACUCGAAGACCUAAUCGAGUUCAACAAAGAGCAUGCGUCAAAGGAACUCCCUCCAAGUGCGAACAACCAAGCCGGUCUCAUCAGAGCCCUCCACGCAACCAUGGAGCCGGAGCAAUAUCGCAAGCUCAUAGCCUCCGCUCGCGAUCGUUGUGGCAAGAGAGGCAUUGACAAGGUCCUCGAAGAGAAUGGCGUUGAUAUUAUUCUUGGGCCUGGCGAUGGGCCAUUGUACAUUAUUGCCGGUACAGCAGGAUACCCGGUCGCGUCGUUACCUCUCGGUUAUUUGGAUUUCAAUGGAAGGGCAUUCGGGAUGCAGAUCACGACGAGAGCACACCAGGAAGCACUUCUGAUUCGGGCCCAAAGCGCAUGGGAAGCUACCUUUCCGCAGCGUCAGCCGCCAAGGUUAGAUGAGAUAAUUCAAUCUCGUAGCUCGACGAUACCGGGCAUGGCCUAA